CAGAGCGUGGUGUUGCGUUUUUCCCGUAGCCGUUGCCCCAAUUCGUCAACGCCCGUUAGGUAAUUUUCUUACGUUACCCGAGCCGUUAAAGGUUAAAUUACGUAGUGGGCGUAGCGGCUCCUUGUAAUGGCGACCGUGCCGUAGAUGUGCCUAGGUUUGUGAAAAUGAAGCGAAGAAGAAGUUAUUUCUUUUAAGUGAAACACCGAGGUUCCCCGGAGGAGGACUUUGCGUCUACAACCGUCACCUUUACAAGUGGUAAACUUAGCUGUACUUUUGAACUUUUUGUGCCCUUUGAAAUGAUGAAGCUCAAGUCAAACCAAACCCGGACGUACGACGGGGAUGGGUACAAGAAGCGGGCCGCCUGUCUGUGCUUCAGGAGCGAGGCUGAGGAGGAGGUGCUGCUGGUGAGCAGUAGUCGACAUCCCGACAAGUGGAUAGUUCCUGGAGGGGGAAUGGAGCCCGAGGAGGAGCCCAGUGUUGCCGCAGCUCGUGAAGUGUGUGAAGAGGCCGGUGUGAAGGGGACUCUAGGUCGCUUAGUUGGAGUAUUUGAGAACCAAGAGAGGAAACACAGAACCUACGUCUAUGUUCUUAUUGUAACAGAGGUCCUGGAGGACUGGGAGGACUCGGUCAACAUUGGGAGAAAAAGGGAAUGGUUUAAAAUAGACGAUGCCAUACAAGUGUUGCAGUGUCACAAGCCUGUGCAGGCCACCUACUUCGAGGCUCUCCAGGAGAGUUGCCUGACCAGUAAUGGAACACCUUUGGUGGCCACGAUAGGUGGGGACCUCUCCCCUACCUACAGCAUCAAUCAGAGCUCCGUCUCGGGUAUCAGAUAACUAAAACCAUAACUCUGACACCCCCAGGAGCUUUCGCCACCACUUGCGCUCUUACUUGUGUCAUGUCAUUUCUCUUCUCUUCUCUUCUCUUCUCUUCUCUUCUCUUCUCUUCUCUUCUCUUUUUCUUUUAUGUCUCAAUAACAUGGUUUGCCUUGCCAACUCCUUUGUGCCAGAACUGUGGCACAGACUUGAUGACAAGUGUUGGGUGAAUAGUCUGAAACACUUUGUAAAUGUAAAUGUAAUUUUUGACCCUUUCUUUUUUCUUUUUUUUUUCUUUUUACUGACAACUGCAUGAAACGUCCCCUCGCUCCCCCUCCUUCUCUUUCCUUAACGCGCCCUUAGCGUGGUGUUUAUUGAAUGCAAGAACUACUUUUUACUGUUGUAAUGUAAAACUGUAUACUUAGUGCUUAAGCUGAAGGCUUUUGGUGGUCUUUUUAAACGUUUCCUCCAUUUUUUUUUUUUCUUUCCCCCUUUCUUUUUAUUUUCCUGUGAAUGAAUGUGCCCAUUAGUGUACUCCUCCCUCCCCUGUUUUACGGAUAGGAAAUGUUGUCUGUACCUGAAUGAACAGAGUUGUGGGAAGUGACUUGUCUUGCAUGAGCACCGUUUUGUUGUGUCUCACUCGCUCGAGUGACUUGAUGCUGACUGUGCAACAGACUUGUGGUAAGGUCUUUUGGAUUCUCUUCAUUUUGUUCCUUAUCGUGGUUAUUGAUGUCUCUUUUUAAUAAGAAGGAUACGGCCCCUCACUAGUCUUUGAAUUUCAAGUGUCAAGUGUGUUUCUCUCUCAUUUGGGAAGCUAGCCAAGCACUACAAGUUUCACUCAAACGGAGCAUAUAUACUGUAAAGAGAGUAAGAAUGUCAUCAUACAAUGUAAAGUGAACCACCUUUCUCCUCAGUGUCUUUACCUCCUUUUAAUCCCCUUUUUUUUGUUCUUUUUUUUUAAUGCUUUCUUGUGACUGACUACAAAGUCUUCCUCCACAUACUGGGAGGGUAGAAGUAGUAGAACACAAAAUCAUGGACUUGUAAUUUCAAAAUUCAACACAUAUCACUUAAGUUAUUAAAACCCAUUUCCAUAUUUUACUCCUCACAUUCAGUUUGGUUAAAAGCAAUUGUUUACAUUGUGUUCGUAACAUAGCACAGGUGACUUUAGUGGGCACUUUUCAUUAUGGUCAUGAUUUAUUUUCUUUCUUUUUCUUUUUUUUUUAAACUACCCUUCCUUUAGUAUUUAAUCUGCAUCCCCAAAAACACUCAAAACACCUGCUUGACAUUGAAAGUAAUGGAAUCUUUAAUGCUGUCUUUGGCAAGAUGCAGAACAAACAAGCCUUGUACAGUUUGAGACCUCGUUUUUAAUAUGUAAAAUGCUUUUGGAUACUAGAUUUUUUUUUUUUUUUUCUCUUGUUUCGUUUCGUUUGUUUCUCUCUAACGUCUGGCAAAAGUCUCUUUAGCCGAGCUGCGUCACUUUGGCCUCGAUGUGGGAUGAGGCAGCAGGCUCAAUACUGUGAAACUGGAGGCGCUGUAGAUAGCAUGUUAGAGGUUUUUAUUGUAAAUUGUUUAUUUCUGUAUAGAUCAAAGGUGAGAGUACAAAUGACAAAAAAACCCACCUCUUACACAUCUGUGAGUUGUACAUGUCAUUUCAACUGAGGCUGGAAGUACUGAUUGAACCCAUGGAGUUAGCUCUGGAGCUGUUUGGAAAUUUUCUCGAGAUAGCAUGCAGUACAUCCGAGGCUAAAGAACAAGGAGAGCGGCUGUGGUCUUUAGGUGAGAGUGAAGAGCCUAUUUAUAAUUGAAUAUUCUCCAAAUCCUUACAUUUCAUUUUAGACCAAAACAAAUUUGUAACCGUGAGGGAUUUGGUUUUUUCCCCCUCAUCUUUGACCAAGCUAUAAAAUUAACUGCAGCCAGAGUUUCCAAACCACUACUUGGUUUAGAAGUAAAGCCCAGUUGUGUAUUUUCCCAUAAAUGGUUUCUUCUAUUGGUUCUCUCGCAAAAAAAUGAAACAAUACUGUUGUUUUCUGUCUAUACUUAAAUGUAAAACGACAUAUUUUGGGGCCACUUAGGAGCAGAAACAAACUGUAAACACAGCAGUGACAUUAUCACCUGUAUAUGGAGCAUCAUUAGCCUUCAUUUGACAUUGUCUUUGUGCAUCUAUCUGUUGAAUGCAAGUCAAAUAUUAACCCUUCUUUUUGCUCCAUUUUGGCCUCCACCAGUUCCUGAGGGAAAUGGCUACUGUAGCUACUCCACUAUGUUCAUCAGCUAGUUGCUAACUUUGUCUGGUAGCUGCAAGAUGCUAAACAGAUCUGUCAAGCUGAGGGAAACGGUUCAUCUGUUUGUCACUGCACAACACUUGAAUACACAAGUGGUAAUGUGAACCACUGUUGGUAUAAAAUUAAAGAAUUUAGGGAGCUCUGGCUUUUUGAAAAAGUAACUCAAAGUUCAAGUAACUCAAAGUUUACUGUCCAGUACUGUAGCAGAUGCAUAUUUAACUGAGUAAGGACAGAAAACAACAGUAUCAUCAUUCAGCUGUCCAGAAACCGAUGGAUGAAGAUAACCUCAAUGGGAAAUUUAGGGAGUUGUGAACUAGUGGGUCAAAAGCUAACCUAGAAAGGGGCAGAAAAAUACCUUGACAGCAGUGGUUUGUUAAGCAGUGACGGUUUCCUUUUAUUAAUUCGUCUUUUAUCCCAUUAAUUGUUCGAGGAGGGCACGAACAUGCCAGCAAAUCAAGCUUCCUAAUAUCGGCCUCUUUAUAAUCCCCAAAUGAGAUUGCUUUUUUUUUUUUUUUCUCUGAACAGGAUAUGUGCACAGAGUCUAAAGUCUCCUUCACAACAGUUUGAGACUUUAGACUGGUUUCAUUGCUGCAUAUCAGAAAAGGUGUGUUGGCCAAAGUCUUGCUUUAUGAUGCCCUACCUGGCACUUCAUAAGAGAUUUUUAGUCUUCACUGAAAUGUGCAAUUGGAUGUUAAGGGGAUGAACCUGUAUAUGGCUAAAAAUCUAUCUCGGAGAGUAAUCGGCAAUGAUUUCAUUCGCUCUUGAUGGUUUGAUCUGGUGACAGGUACUGUCAAAAUGAAUGUGAGGAGGAUUUCCACAAGUAACAGCCAGUGACUUAAUUAUUAAUGACCACUUGUUCUUUAUCCAUAUUUUUUUUUUCUGUUUGUUCUUUAAUCGGUUGUGUUAUUGACAAAUUAAUGUCAUGUGUAUAUAGCUAACACAGCACCCACAGCCAGAGAAUGCACUUUGGCUUUGGUCAGUAAGGAUUAGUGUCUUUUUUUUUUAUAACUCCCUUCAAGCAGGCAUUCAGGCAGUUCCUGUCAUGGGUAAAGUGAUGCAGGCUGGAGUUCAGGAGGGAAUCUAUGAAGUAAAUGUCUCCCUAUAAGCUCGUCGGUGUUGUGACGGAGCAAACUCAUCUACCCUUUUCUCCCCUGGAGAUUUCUGCGAUCUUAAUUGGCUCGUCGGGAUAUAUCACAUUGAAGUCCCUGAAUUUUGGAAGGAAAAACAAAACAAGGAUGAAUUAUCAAGAGAACAAUUCCGAGCUUCACGUGAAGUCACUUCCUUUAAUUUACCAAAGGUCAUGGUUUAAAUAUGUAUUGCCCCAUCUUGUGGCCAAAGCAAAAAGUGUAAAAGCUCAUCACUUUGCAGCUAAGGAUUGUAACAUUCAGUCUCCCUUAGCGUGAUGACCAUUUUCAUAACUGACUGACUUUAAUUAUUAUAAAAUGAUAAUAAAUAGAUUUUUUUUCUAAGAAGAAGCUGUUAAAUAACCCCAAAACUUUGCAAUUGAAUAACAAACGAAACGUACGUGCACUUCUAGCCGUUGACCUCAGCCUUGAAGUUAAUCGUGUUCUCCAAGGUGUAUGUGUCACUGGAACUUUCUUUUCCUCUCUUUUGUCAUUUGGGACUGUGGAAUAAAACCAGUGCGAGAAGACUGAAGAUUGUAAUAUAAAUGUGCCAACAAAUAAACACCAGUAUUUCACAUUCA